GAGGGUGACUCUAUUAUAAAAGGAAGGAUUUACUAAAGUUUUUUUCAUUAUCAACUGAAUUCUGCCACCUUUCUAAACACUGAAAUAGAUUUUAUUUGUGGUGAAAGUUUGAGCCAAGAAUGAUACGCUUUGCAAUUGCCUUACUGGCAAUCGUUGCUGUCGUAGAAGCUAAACAUUUUAGAGGCGGUUCUUUUAGUUGGAAACCCCGGGCUGGCGGAAAGGUUAAAAUAUCAUGGAAAGUAAACUGGAUGAGGUACUACGAGGGCAUGACAAAGUUCUUGUGCACCGAUGAAGUGGCUCACAUUGCAGGCGAGGGAAAUCUCAUCUGUAUGGAAUGCCAGGAAAAAUUAAUAUAUGGAAAAGAACUUGACUUGAAUUGUACUUCAUGGAGUGAAGAAGAAAACUGGACUAGUGGAAUUGGGUCUUUCCUUUAUACACCUGAACCCGGAAUGAAACAAUUUACAUUAUCCUAUCAAGAAUCACAGCUUCCAAACGAGUUCAACUUUAACAGCCAGUGGAUGUCUGAGUUAAAGAACUACGGAGGAGCUGGAAACGCAUGGAGAAUGGUUUCCGUAGUUGAUUUGACAAUUCCAAACUCCUCACCUAAAACAACACAUCCUGCAAUGAUCAGUGUCGUCAAAGAAUGUGGUGAUGUUUCUAUCUAUAUUCCAGUUUCCGAUCAAGAUGACGAUAAAAUCCGAUGUAGAUGGUCCACUAAACCAAACGAGUGCCCGGAUGUUGCCUGUUCUAGAGGAAGAUGCGGAAGGAAUAAAUUAUGUGGCGAUCCUGUUGAAAACGCCGUAAUGGAAGCAAACAGAUGUAAAUAUACAUUCCCUGUAACAGAAAUGGAAGCCGGGUGGUAUGCUGUACCGAUUACGAUUGAAGAUUUCAGACCAGGAGUCACCGGUGCAUUAGAAGGUGGCGCCCUUUCAAAAGUCCCACUCCAGUUUUUACUCAGAGUUGAAUCUAAAGGAGAGUGUAGAUUACUCGAUUUCGGUGAUAACCUUCAAAGGUGCCAUCUCUUGAGACCCGGUGAGCCAUGGAGCUACGAGAUAAAGGCUUACAGUGAGGCCGAAAUGAAAGUUUUGGUUAUUGAGCGUCCGAGUGCAGCAUUCAAAAUUGGUAAAAUGACAAAAUUUGAGGAUUACCAGAGCAGAACAGUUAGUUGGACACCUGAAGAGGAUGACAUUGGAAAGCACUUCAUCCUCUUCCACUCAGUCGAUGUUGACGGGUUCUACAGUUCUUAUGAAACAUUGACACUUUUGGUCAAAAAUAAAUUUCCACCAGGCUUUGGAGAUCCACCAGCAGGCCCACAAAUAAUCAAAGAAGAAUCAUUUCCAAAACCAAUGUCAACCGCUGAGGUCCAAGACAAGUUCUGGAGCAUAAAAUUUGAUUUACCGUUCAACCGGCCCACCAAGCCCGUGUUUAUCAAUAUAAAUGACAUGGCUGGCAAUCCCGUACUACAAAUUGAUGUCUCUGAUAAAAGUCAAGUUGAGGUCGACCCAGAUGACCCCACGAGAAUCCGCUUUCCCAACCAAUACAAACAACUGAUUCCUGGAACUAUGUACUCGAUGGAACCAGAUGAAGGCAUCAAUUUCGUAGAAUGUCUUGACGCAUGUGGAAUGGAGUGCCCUCCUAUCACCACUCCCAAAAUGAAGUGGCUCUUCAGACUCAUGGCGAUCCCUACACCUUCCGUUGACUGUGGUCCAUCAUCAAUGACAGUUUACAUACCAAAACUGUACGUGGACGACAUGAAUCCAAAUCUCUUGCGUUUUAUUGACGCGUGGAGCAAACAUUGCAGAGCCACCAAAUUUAACACUACUCACUACAUUAUGACCACUGAUUUCGAUGAUUGCGGAACCAGAGUUGUGGAGCCAAAGCCAAAGCGUUUGGUAUUCAAAAAUAAAAUUCGAGAUGCACCAAAACCGUAUGGUGGAAAAAAAUCACAAAUUACUAGAGAAAAAAGAAAAUUCCGAAUUAACGUCGAAUGUGAAGUGAAAGGUACGUAUUUCUACGAUGUCACCUUCACACCAAACGAUACACUCAAAGGCAUCCGUCUCACCGGACGAUCAGAGUUGAAGGCUAUGCUGAAGAUGUACAAAGAUGAAGGGUAUGGCACCGAGGUGAACAAGAAGAAAUUACCAUUGCCGGUCAAGAUCAACAAGCGUCUGUAUUUUAGUGUUGAAGGUGUUAAUAGAAAUAAAGAGCUGCAAAUUGACAACUGCUACGCUGUACCAAGAAACAAGCCUCCGGGUUGCAAAGUUAGUCCACAUGUUUUGAUUGAAGAUGGAUGUCCAGUCGAUAGAACAUUACAGAUGGAGCCUUCGAAUGUUCAGUCAGUAAAAAAAUUCUCAGUACGGUCUUUCGCAUUUAUUUACUACGGCCUUUCGGAAGAUGUGCACAUAAGAUGUCAAACCGCCGUAUGUGAUUCUGGAAACGGAAAUUCGAAGUGUGCGAAGCUUGCAUCCAAACAGUGUUCACAGUACGCAAACAGUAAUCCUCUUCGAGGCAAACGUGAUGUUGGCUACACCGAAACAGACGAGCUUGUAGAUGUUAUGCUAGAAGUGAUAGGGUAGACUAACUUCAAACGCAAUGCUCAGGAAAACUGAUUCAGCAGUGAUCUAAACGAUUACAAGCUUAAUAUACUAUUCAUUUUGAAUGAAUAAUUUACCAUCUAUUUAGGCCAAGUUUGAAGACUAUUUAUAAUUUAUGUCAUUAGGGGAAAAUGAUUCCCUGAGUGAGAAGAAUAAUGUAUAUUUGGUAUCAUUGAAUGUGAUAGUAUUUCAGGGCGUAGUUAUUCACAUUGUAAACUUGGGCCUAUUUAUUUAUUAAUUUUGAUUAAUUUUCAACGAAAAGUAAAUCUUGCUUGUCUCUUUUGUGUACUAUUAUGGCUUCAUGAUUAAGAAAUACAAAAAUAGGCCAAGUUGCGUGAUCAGGUUUACAAUACCUCCAUGGUGAAUUCACGCGAAGACAUACUUUUUGUAACAUGAAUUAUGUUAACUUUCAAGAGGAUUUUGUCAGCAAUGGACAUGCUUGUUUUACACUCUUAGUGUAGAUUAUUUAAAAAAAUUUAAAAUAUAUUGUAUAGAGACAUUAAAUUAUUACUUCACUAUGAAUUCAUUCUAUGAAUUGUAAAUAUUAUGCCCAUGUAUUUGCACAAGAUUGUUAACUAACUUCAACAUGCUGACAUUCGUCGCACAGUUAUACAGUACAGUUGAUAUUUUAUUUUAAAAGAGACAAUAUUUUAACUAUAUUCAUAAAUACACAACAUUUUAAAAUUCAUUGUGUUACGUCAUUUGCAUCAUGAUUACGUCAUACGUCAUACUAAUUAUGGUCGCCAACUAUUGGUAACAAAUUAAUUAUUAACGUUUUGAUGUAAACGAAUGAAAGUAUUUAUUGUUCAGAGAGAAGCAAUACAAAAUGACAUAAAGCGGGACAACUCAAUCACAAUAUACAGUAUAGAUAACAAGUUCAUUUCCAUCAAGAGUUAUUUACCGUAUUUCAAAGGUUUCUCAAGAAUUUGAAAUGGAAUUAUAUCUUUGUUUUAAAUUGUAAGUAAAACAUAGGCCUAUUUAUUAUUUAAGGUCAAAAGUUUUGUUAAAUAGCUUGAUUGCAAUUGCCAAUAAAUUAAAUACGAACAUUA